CCGGGCGGGCGUUCCUUUUUCGAUUUUCCUUGAGUCAUCGGCCUUGUAUCAUCCAUUAUUAGCCUUUUUUUACACUUUGCCACUAUGCUUGGCGAUCUGUGUUCCAUACGUAUACAUAUACCUUUUCAUUUUACUGUGAGUAAUAUUUUGUCCGGGGCCUACUGGGGUUGGAAAAUGGUGAUUUAUCCUUUGUUUAAUUUCUUUCUUUUCCGAGUACUCAUCCGAGCAUUGUUUGAAUACGCUAUCUUUUUACGAGAAGCUGUCUAGACAAGAAUACAUGUGGUGGUGACACUGAGAUUGAACAAAGAAUCAAGAUUGAAAAAAACCAACAUCCAACUAUGGAUAUAACGAGCA